AGCAGGCAAAGAGAUGGCUUCCCUUAGCUUUUUCUCCCCGGAGCAGUUGCUGACUGGUCUUGGAGUUCUGAGCGUUCUUUGGCUCUGUCUGAAGGCUGCCUGGAGCUUAGCACAGGGCCUGAGGAUCUAUGUGUUGUCUCACGUGUGGAAAGGGGUAGAUGUGGCUUCUUAUGGACCCUGGGCAGUGGUGACCGGAGCCACAGCUGGUAUUGGAAAAGCCUACGCUCAUGAACUUGCUAGAAGAGGCCUCAACGUGGUCCUCAUCAGCCGUUCCCUGGAGAAACUGGAGCAGGUGGCCACGGAAAUCGAGGAGCAGCACGGCCGAAGCACCAAGGUAAUCCAAGCAGAUUUCACCCAUGGCUUAGAAAUCUACGAGUCAAUUCAAGCCUCUUUGCAGGGUCUGGAGAUUGGAAUUCUAGUGAACAAUGUUGGUCAUGUAAUAUCCAAGCCACUGUGUUUUCUGGAUGUUGAUAAUGCUGACAAGUGUAUAGAUGACCUGGUGCAUUGCAACAUGCUUUCAACGGCAAAGAUGACACAGAUCGUCCUUCCUCAGAUGGUUGCCAGGAAGAAAGGGAUCAUCAUAAACAUGUCCUCCGUACUAGGCCGGCGGCCCUUUCCGAUGUCGAUUAUGUACAGCGGAACCAAGACCUUCGACGACUUCUUCUCCCGAGCGUUGGACAUCGAAUACCGUCCCAAAGGCAUCAUUGUCCAGAGUGUCUUGCCCCUGUUUGUCAACACCAAUAUGACCAGCCACUAUAGAAAAUUCCUCAUGUCAACAUCAGAGACCUUUGCCCACAAGGCCCUAAACACAGUUGGGAUCGCCAGCAGAACUUCGGGCUGUCUUAGCCACAGCUUUCAGUACUUACUCAUGAACAAGCUGUUCCCAGAUUGGUUGCAUUUAACAUCUCUCGGAACAUGGCUCGUCCAUCGGAUUUCGAACCUGUUGAUGCACAAGUAGCUUUUC